ACCACGCCGGCGCCACUCAGCUCAGCUCACUGGACGACAAUGACGACCUCAUCGGUUUCGGCGCUGCUUCAGCGUCUGGCGCAGGAGGUGGACCCGUGGGCGCCGGGGUUCUGGCGCGACUUCGGCAUCGGCAUGCUCAAGCCUCUCGCAGCCACAGCGGCGGUCGCCUUGGCCGUGGCGCUCAGCUCCACGCAGCGCCUGGGCAUCGAGGCCGAGAUGCUCUACGCCGUUGCCCGGUCCUUCCUCCAGCUCUCCGUCAUCGGCUUUGUGCUCCAAUUCAUCUUCACCCAGAAGAGCCCGCUCUGGAUCCUCCUUGCAUACCUCUUCAUGGUCACCGUCGCCGGCUACACCGCCGGCCAGCGCGCUAGGCGCGUCCCGCGCGGCGGGUACAUUGCCGGCGUGUCCAUACUGGUGGGCACCGGCGUCACCAUGUUUCUGCUUGUCGUGCUCAGCGUGUUCGAGUUCACGCCCCAGUACAUCAUCCCCGUCGCCGGCAUGAUGGUUGGCAACACCAUGACCGUCACGGGGGUCACCAUGAAGAAGCUCCACGAGGACGUCAAGUCCCAGAGGAACCUCGUGGAGACGGCGCUUGCACUGGGUGCGACGCCGAGGCAGGCGACAGCAGGGCAGGUCAGGAGGUCGCUGGUGAUCGCGCUGUCUCCGGUAAUCGACAGCGCCAAGACGGUGGGGCUGAUCGCGCUGCCAGGGGCCAUGACGGGGCUUAUCAUGGGGGGAGCGUCGCCGCUGGAGGCAAUCCAGCUGCAGAUCGUGGUGAUGAACAUGCUUAUGGGGGCCUCCACCGUCAGCAGCAUCCUCUCCACCUACCUCUGCUGGCCGGCAUUCUUCACCAAGGCGUUCCAGCUCGAAGACUCGGUAUUUUCUGAGUAGGGUAUGGAAAGGAAGUCCUCUGAGUUCUGACGGAACUAUCCUUGGACAGUCUCAUGCUUGUCUCUCGGGAGUUGUGGAAUGAAGGGAACGUGAGGACCUUCAAAAACAAGAGCACUUUGCCAUCCUUUGUAAUCUCUAGAAUUAAGUUAGAGGCUAGAUCGUGGGUGUUGGCCAGCGCAAAGCAUUUGGGUAUUUUGAUGCUGGGAGAGUAGGCUUUCUCGUGGUGAACUUGUAACCUUUAAACUCAACUCUUCACCUUAUUCAAUGAAUUAAGGAAAAUCAUUUGUCUUUCCUUCA